AUGUCCCUCAAUGGUCUGGACAGUCCGGACGUGCGGGAAGCGUAUCAGACGGCGGUCGCCGAGGCUGCGGGCUGGUUUCUGCUGCAAUACGUCUCGCGAGACGGUGUCGAGUUGCUGGCCCGCGGGCGGAAUGGCGUCUCGGAAGCGCGCAACGCUAUAACGGCCUACACACAGGCUUCGCCGUUGUACGGGUUGAUGAUCUAUCGGCGACGGCGGCUGUUAAUCAAGUACAUUCCCGAGGGAACGUCCAGGUUACUGCAGGCACGAACGACGGUCCAUUUCCAGGACAUACUUGAGCGAUAUUCGCCGUACGAAACACUACUGGAGAUCACUACGGGCGAAGCCCUCAACGACACUGCGCUAGCCAAGACCUUCCAACUACACACAGCAUCGCCGUCGCCUUCGGCGGGCCGUCUCGAUGAAAUCACCGAAGAUGGUGAAGAUGCUGGUGCGGAUGUUGGCAGUCUCAACGGCACGAGCGUCUCAUCCAGCUUGUCUGCUGCACAGCGCUACAAGGCAGCGCGAAGGGCGGACAACUCCUCGAAGAGGGCGGAGCGCGGCGAACGUCCCAUGACUUCACUCCAGGUUAGUGGGGGAAAUUCGCCUUCUAUGUCACCGCAGAUGACACCCGCGGUGGUGACCUUGAACUCUGGCGUUGUGCUCGAAGAUGCUGAAAGCCCCACGAAGGAUGCGAGUCCGCAGCCGGAUCCGGGGGUCGAAACCGUUGCGUCCAUUGUGGUGACGGAACCUGAACAGAGCGCAUCACCUCCAAGGACGAGCGAUUUGCUAGUCUCUGCGGCUGUAAGAUUGGCAGAUGACGCUGUUCAGGAAAGCGCUCCAGAGAGUCCUCCAGUCGAAWUGGGCGUGUUGGAGCUAGCGCCAGAGGAGGCUUCCACCCUGCCAUMACAGACAGUUCAUCUCCGACGUGGCGAGGACGCCGAGGCACCUCCAAGUAUCAGUUCAGCUCCAUCGGAGGCACCUUCAAGCAUUCGAGACGCUUCAAUGGACUAUGAUCCAUAUGACCUCAGCAAAUACGACAAGUAUUUCCAACCCAAAGUCAAGCUUGGUCCGCGGCCCGUGACUUCUGCAGAGAAGGUUAUGCGGCCAGCGCGGGUCUCGGUCGUGCCUGCGAGCCUCAGACAGUCGAGAAAGCCAGAGCCACUCCGACCGCAGUCUCAAGGGCAAGUCGCGCCUGCUCUCAAAUCAGCGCCUUUGCGAGCCGAGCCUACUAUGCGCCUACCUCUUCCUCCUCCAAUUCCAGUAGAGUACAAUCCGCGCCCGUACUCCCGGGGAAGUGUGAAAUCUGCGCCAUCGCAUAGAUCGACGGCAAUGACGCCAGAUCGUCUUCGUUUGAUGAAGGCCGUAGAACUUCGGAAAAGACAGAUCCGAAAGUCACAGGGGCCCCAAUCCUUCACCCCGCCAGUCGAAGAUCCACCGGAGAUGCCCGAGCUACCUCCACCAGAGCCGAUCGCUACGACCAGUGACGAGAAGCCGCAACACCAAGAUGCAGAAGCAGAGCAGUCUCACACGGAUGACGAGACUCAUCCUCAAUCCAUCAAAGCAGAUUCUGGCAUCGAGAUUCGGUACGGGACACCGAGCUCGGAUGAUGCGGACGAGCGAGCUGCUUCUUUGCGCGACAACCCGAACGAUGAGCAUCCAGUAGAGCCCGGCGCUAGCGAUGAGCGUCAUGGAUCUGCUCUGUCAAAAUCGACAGUUGUGACGGCUGGACGAGACGUUGCUGCCGAUUCUGCAGAGGACAAAGCAUCGAUGAGGGAUAGUCACACGCCUACUGAGCGGACUGCGGGACUCCACGAGGCCAGCGAUGCCGCAUCUACCACGAAUCAAGAGAUGGCGGAUCGCUCAAGACCGGCGACCCCGGACACCGGCGCAAACCUCGAAGUAGAAACCCUUGCUCACGCCCCAAGUAGCGACACAUUGCGCAAUGCGGAACCAAUAUCAAGACCUGCGAGCUCUGACCUAACAAGGCGAAGGCGUGGUCUUGUCGAACCCCUGCACAUCGAGACGCCAUCGGGCAACCCAGAUGAUUUCAUGUCAGAUGACGAGUUCCUAGAAGAAUUGCAUUCCGCCACAGUGCAGGAGGCUCGACCGAUCCUGUUCUCUCACCAGCCGAGUAUGGAGGACAUCAGCAUGGUGAGAUCUGUGAGCAUCACGCGGAAUAUGACGAGUCGUCAAAGCGAGACUGGACAGUUGUCGCCUGAAUCAAGCCCUGCACUCCUGAGCUCAUCCCCACCGGAGAAAGGAGAUUCGGCUUGGAAUGCACCCCGAAAGGUGUCAUCUGGCAUAUCCAGGCGCAUUCAGGCGCUCAAUGAGGUUUCAACUAGGGAGGCCAACGCUUCCGGUUUCGGUGUUUCUUCGAGCCCGGUAUUACCAGGGAUGACACCCAAUGCAUCGCUACAACGAGACGCCAAGGGCCGAGGACCUCGCAAGGCUCCUUCGCCAGGAGCACGACCUGUGUCAUUCCGAAAGUCCAGUAAGCCAAGCAGCGCAAGUCAAGCCCCAAUUUUCACUUCCCCUGUGGAACAAAACGCUCCUGUCUGGAGCGUUCAGCAUGAUCCUGUGACGAGUCGAAAUUCGGUGUCUGUCACGGCUCGUAUAGUACGCUCACGCACUGAACCUGAUCCGRCACAACUCCUACAGUCGGAUUUAACAAUCAACGGCAAUCGCAACCCAACAUCACCAUUGAAWACCGACUUGCCGCCGAUUGACAUCGAUGCAGCGCAGCAAUCCACUGUCUCCUCGCCCGCGCUAUCAUCUUCAUCCCGUGGCUCAGGGGAUGCGCGAAAUCUGCAUUCAUCGUCGAGUCGCUUUGGUCGCCGUGCAAAGCUUGUCGCAUCUCCUGAAACUCCCCAAACGUUCGACUUUCCAGCUCCACCACACCAGAGCGCAUCAACACCCUCGGUCAACGACGGACACAGUACUCAUAAGAUCGGUACGCGAACAAGUCGCUUUUUCAAGCGUGUCAGCACAUUGAGUGGGCCCAAACGGAGGCAAAGCCAGCAGUCGGUGAUGGAAACAGCCAGUGUAAGAAGCCUUGAAAGUGGGGCGGGUGCCAAAAUGAGCAGCCGCGCCAGUUUGGCAACCCACGAUUCGGACACCCCUCCGGCCGUUGUAGUUGGCGAUCUCAACGUGCAAUUUCCAGACUCUUUGCUGUGGAAACGCCGUAUCGUGACAAUCAACGACAACGGUCACCUGCAAUUCGCCAUUGCACAUGCCAUGGAGAUCCACAAGGGAGUCGCAAUGAAGAGCUUUCCUCUGCAGCUAUUUAAUGCUCCCUAUGCACCGGAUCUCGACCGACAAGAGUUGGCCAACUCGGUCGUGUUGGAACUGCAAGACGGCACGACAGUACAGCUAGCGUGCGAGGACACCAUGACCCAGAGGCAGGUUCUGCAUCUUCUGAAAAACUACUGGAAGUCCUGGGCUGUCGUCUGA